AUGAUGUUUGAACAAGAAGUCACCAAGAACUCAACAGUUCGAAGAAUACGGCUCUACAACUUGCCUCUUCAGAUCAGCUUUCUGUUGAUCGCUGCAAUUUUUGUGGUUCAAAUAUCACAACCUUGUUCAGGCAGCUUCAGGCAGCUGGAACAAGACAGGCUGCAUCCACAACGACUUCGACACAUCCCGUUGGCCAUUUCGUCUCAUGUCGACUACCAAAGGAGAAGGGGAGUCAUUGAUGAGUUGCAGAAGAUGUACGAAGGAACCAAGCUAGACACGCAGUAUGUCCAAGAUACCCUGGAAAAAGGAGAGAAGUUACUCUCUCAGAUUGAUACAAUCUACAACAUUACAAUGCCAAAGAUAGAAUUGGAAGAAGAUACAGAAGCGAGCAAGAAGGGCAUUACAAUAGUAGGAGAUAUCCACGGCAACCUUCCCAAUAUGAUUCACCUGUUCAAGAUGAACGGAUUCCCGUCGCUUGAAAGGCCUUAUAUUUUCAAUGGAGAUUUCACCGAUAAGGGACCGCAAGGUUUGGAGUGCCUCUUGAGUCUUCUGCUGAUCAAACUCUACUGCAACGAAUGCAUAUUCCUUCAUGUGGGUAACCACGAAACACAGUCGUUUUACCACAAAUGGUUCAGAUCACAAAUUAUUGAGAAGUAUGAUGAAGAAACCUACCAAUUUGCUCGAAAGGUUCUACUCCAACUUCCAUUGGGAGCAAUAAUCGAUGAUCGCAUCUUUGUGGUGCAUGCUGGCAUUCCCACGAAGGAAUUCAAUCUGGAGGAUCUUCGCCACUACAAACGAGGGCAUGAUUACGACAGAGAAUCAGCGGAAGGAAUGUUGUUUCGAGGAUCCGUUUGGAUAGACCCCACUGAAGGAGAUUCUUCCUCAGAGGAAAGCAGUGAAGGACAAGAGAGUGGCGAUGAGGAAGAGGACGAUGAUGAUCGAGGGUGGUUCACUGCUGAUCAUACUGAGACUUUCUUAAAAAGACAUAGUCUGGAAUACAUCGUAAGAGGACACGAGAACUUUGUCAAAGGAUUCCGAUAUCACCAUGAUGGACGGGUCGUCACAAUUCACUCGAAUCCCACUAGGCCACAAGAUCAAGGAGCAUAUCUGAACAUUUAUUCGAACGACAGAUCAAUGAAUGUCGAGCAGUUCUCGGGGAUGCAAUUCUCGUCGAUUGAUAAUCAUUCUAAGGUUGACUGGCGGUCGCUGUAG